AUCCCUCUUCACCUCUCCUUCUGCGGACGCAAUCAUGUCUCACUGCUGGCAUUGACUUCUGGCCCCGGAGACGAGGCGCUCCCGUUGUGCGAGCUGCUCACCCGACUCAUGUCCCGUCGACCCGUGGUACCUCCUAGUUCUAGCUACCGGGACCGGAAUAGCUCCACUGCAGCGCAGCCAUGUCUGAGCACCAACGACGACAGUCUGGACUGUGGUCUCGCAACCCUGCAACCGGCUUCUUCGAGCAGAUCAGUGCAGCGCCCAAGGCUCAGAUCGGUCCUGGAUUCUAUGCGAACCCGCAUGUCACCACCGGGCCGUACACGUACUACCAGCCACAGGCAGGAGGAGGAGGAGGAGGAGAUGGCAAGCGUUCCUUCUCUGAUCGCACAGGCCUGCAGACCGGCUCAAAUGGCACGUCGCGGGCUGAUAGCAGGCGGAAAGAGCGAAGCAACACUCUCGAGAGCAAGAAGCCACUUCGGGUCGUGAAUCCAGACACCGACUUCCAGACGACCUUCCCCCAGCCUGCCGCACAGCCAGCCCUCAGCCUGGAUCCUGACUAUGUGCCUACAAAUGUACGCUCGAUGCCGUGGAGUCCCGAUGCCAUGUCACCGGGCACUGCAAACGUGCCGCAGCCAGCAGCAGCGCAACCCUCCAAGCAACGGCAGGCCAGCACCGCGAGCAACAUCUCUGAACGGGUGAGGCGAGGAUCCGUGCCGGAUCGCAGUCCACUGCAGCAUCUCGAGACUUGGAGCAAGGAAGAGAAGAGAGCGAGGGUGGCCCACGCCGAAGAACGAGCACGGCAAAAGAGCAUUGCAGGUGGCAGAACAGACCCUGAAGGAGAGCGCAGUGGCACAGUACGCGGCGAGCGAUCGCGAGUGGGAAGCGACGGUGCUUCGCGACGUCCCACUCAAACCGAGAAGAUACGUACUGUGUCAAGUCCAGACGCCCAGGCAGAAGCUGGGGCCAGACGUUUUCGAGAUGCCAGGGACUCGCUGAUGAGGGAGAAUAUGUCACCCACCAGUCCGACGGCAGGUUCAGCAGCGCCGAUUGCAAAUCAAUCGAAGGUAUACGACAGAGCGCCCGAACGACGACCACAGCCAAUUGCUCCAGCGGCUCCAGCUGCUCCCGCUGCUCCAAUUGCUCCCGCUGCUCCAAUUGCUUCAGCUGCUCCAGCUGCGCAAGACGCGCAACCAGUGACAAAUAAGAAGGGCUCAGUCGAGAUUGCACGUUCAGACAGCCGCAAAUACCGUGCUAAGAACGCUGGCUUUGCAGGUGCUGAAGCUGCGGCAUGGAGUGGGCCAUCCAUUCCGAGCGCAGGCUAUUCUCCUGGUGCAGCCGAGCGUGGCAAGGUAGCGUAUGAUAAACGCCAAAGCCAUAUACAGAGUGAGGCAACCAGCUCACCAAUCAGUCCUCUCUCUCAGGAUAGCGGUUCGAAUGUCGCCAGAAGCAACAGUAAGAAGCUGCAGAAGCGAUUUGCUGGUGGACAAACAGACGAGUACAGCGCACGCAAUGCUCUGCAUUCGGACCGCAUGGGAGGCAUAUCCGGAUCGAAGAAAGAGCGAAAAGCCGCUGAAGCGCAUAUCCCACCUGAUCCUGUGCCUCGAGCAUCUGUUGAAAAUUCACGUCCGGAGGACGGCGUCCGAUACGCCAUACCUCCACAGACGGCAAAUGCGCAGCAUGCCCGCGAACAAGUUGCAUUCUCGGCCCCAGCGAAUUUUCAUGACCAUCAAGACAAGCAACACCAUGGCGUACGAGGCUUCUUUCAUCGUGGACACGAACCGCGUCGUGGCUAUCAGCCUUCCAUACCUCUUGAGGACUGGCGCAAUGCCAAACCAGCUGUGCUGACGGCUGACGAUAUUGAUUUCGGACCAGCCAGGACUUCUCCAGAAAAUGGCGAUGCUGCCUGGUGGGAGAAGAAUGGGAAACGGUCAAGCUCCAGUGGCUCUAAGCAGGUACCGGACAUGGCGCAGUUCGACGGACCGUACGAGGAGAAAGCCAAUGGCUUUCAGCCUCGACUGUUCCUGAAGUGUGGACCGCUCUUAAGGUAUACAGGCAUACGACGGCAGACCAUCCGGAACCAGCGCACGAAUGCAGUCUCACAGAGAGAAGUGUGGAAGGGCACUGUGAUGAUUGUGACUGAAGACGAUCAGUCGGACCUCGAACGCAAACCUACGAUCCGGAUCUUCGCGCAGCCAAUGGACCUGCAUACACCUCCGCCGCAGCAUUUGGUUGACAGUGGCCGCGAACUUCCGCCUGAGUACGAGGACCCGGUCGCUGGACAGACGAAGCUCUCUCGUACGGGCCGAGCACUAUACGUUCGACCAGUACACGACAUUGAGGGCGGUACUGAUCUCUCACGCGAAGAAAACAAUCAAGGCCUGUUCUCAGCGCAACGUACUCCUGUGCUCGGGCCACAAGCGACAAUCGGUGUAGAUGGUCGACCGACACAGCACAUCACUUUUCAGGACAAAUCUCGCGUCAAGAGACGAGAUGGCGAGAGGGCUGGUCGGUACCGCGAGACCAAGGCUGUACGCUUGCACAGCGAGCGAGGAUAUACAUUCUGGCGCUUCAGUAUUGAGAUUGAGCUUGGCAACCGACAGAGCCGCAUCGCCUAUCGCAUCAAUAGAGGUCCUGCAAUUGGCUUUUGGGUUCCGGCGCGAGGCGACGCGAUGAACAUCAUGUUCCAUUCAUGCAACGGCUUCUCAUUGUCUGUCGACAGCAACAAGUUUUCGGGGCCGGAUCCUCUUUGGCGAGAUGUGCUGAACCGUCACCAAGCGCGUCCCUUUCACGUCAUGUUAGGCGGCGGCGAUCAGAUUUACAAUGAUGCUGCAAUGCGAGACACAGAGCUAUUUAGAGAAUGGCUUCAGACGAAGAAUCCGCAGCACAAGCACGAAGCUGACUUUACCGUGGAGAUGCAGGAAGAGCUUGAGGAGUUUUACCUUCAUCGCUACUCCAUGUGGUUCAGCCAAGGUCUCUUCAGCAUGGCGAACUCUCAAAUACCCAUGGUCAACAUAUGGGACGAUCACGACAUUAUAGAUGGCUACGGCAGCUACCCCCACCACUUUAUGAGUACCCGAGUCUUUACUGGUCUCGGUGCCAUUGCGUUCAAAUACUAUAUGCUAUUUCAGCACCAGAGCGUCGCGGGUGAGACCGAGCUUGAAGAGCCGAGUUGGCUCCUGGGCAAAUCGCCUGGUCCGUACAUCAAUGAGCGCUCGCGGAAUUUGUUUAUGAGUCUCGGGCGCCAUAUCGCCUUCUUAGGUCUAGACUGUAGGACUGAACGGAUGCGUGACGAGAUCCUCAGCCAGGAGACCUACGAUGCUGUUUUCGACCGCUGCCGAACCGAGAUUGUGCAAGGUGAGACUAAGCACUUGGUUGUCCUCCUCGGGGUGCCAAUUGCAUACCCGCGUCUAAACUUCUUGGAGAACAUCCUCACCAGCCGGGUUAUGGACCCGAUCAAAGCCGUUGGUCGUACGGGCAUGCUGGGUGGGUUUGUAAAUAAGUUCGAUGGCGGCGUGGAGAUCCUGGACGACCUGGACGAUCACUGGACAGCGAAACAUCACAAAGCUGAACGGAACUGGUUUAUCCAAGAGCUGCAAGAGUUGGCUGCAGAAAAGAGUGUCAGAAUCACCAUCCUUGGUGGAGACGUCCAUCUCGGCGCCGUGGGACAGUUUUUCAGCAAUCGCAAGCUUGGUCUGUCGAAGGACAAGGACCACAGAUAUAUUCCUAACAUCAUCUCUUCAGCAAUUGUCAAUACUCCUCCGCCUACCAUGAUGGCGGAUGUGCUCAAUAAGAGGAACAAGAUCCACCAUUUGGAUGCCGAUACCGAUGAAGACAUGAUUCCCAUGUUCAGCCAUGAUGUGGAUGGCAGCAAGAGGAACAAUAAUCAUCUUCUUCCACGAAGAAACUUCUGCGUGAUCAGAGAAUAUAUUCCUGGCUCGACGCCUCCACCGACUCCAAGAAAGGAAGCGGGCGCACUUGCCUCAGGGCCUCCCCAGUUCGAUGGUGCAGGAGACGAAUACAGGCAAGACGCGAAGAAUGCUCAGAAGUAUCCUCCGGGGAGCAUGAAGCGAACAAUGAGUCUCACUCGAGGUCCUGCAGCACUCGUCAGAAGACUGAGCGGCUCUUCGAAGAGAGGUCCGCCCCAGAUAUCCCAGCCGCUUGAGCAGACUAGGCCAUAUAACCACAAUGACAAGAGGCCAGGUGGUAUGCAAAGGUCUGCUAGUCUGUCAGCAGCGGCCACGGGUGGCAGCUACUUCCCGGACCAGGAGAGAUAUUACUCGGAUGCCGCUCCAGAAAGACCGUCAUUUCAACGACGUCCGACCAAUCUCUCAGAGAAGCAACCUCGACGCUUUUCGUUCGUCGGUAAGAAGGGUAGUAAUGGACUCGACGGCGCGGCAGAUGACAGUGAUGAUUCAUUUGGACAUGUCAACCUUGAAGGUGGUCUGGAUAUCUCGCUUUGCAUGGAAGUUGACCAGCACAAUCCGGCAGGUACGACUGUGCCGUAUAGACUUCUUGUUCCUGCACUAUGGUAUGCAGGUGAUGGCGAUCAGAACACUGCCAAGUUUGAGACUCACAGGAAAAGCUUAAUGGAACGCCUGCGUCUUAAUAGGAACAGGGAGGCUCCCAGUGGCACUGACGACACGGUUGCUGGAGCUGUUGCGGCGCCGAGAGAAAGCGCAGAGUACAGUGACUAUCGAGGUACAACAGAUGGUACCAGAACGCCUAGCCCGGACUACAGGACUCAGAGAAAUACAGCACUCAACUCGAACCCGAACGCAGGCGUUACAAGUCCGGCUGUUGGGAUGGGCUUGACUGACACGGGGCGAGGCGCGUACGGCGCUCGCUCGCGAAGCGCAAGUUAUGGGAACGCGGGCCACGUCGUCAAUCACACUCCACGAGUCUCUUCUGGCCAUAUGCGCAAUGGUUCCGAUGCAUACCAGAAAGGCUAUCAUUUUCAAGGACCUCCAAUUGGCCCAUCCCAACAGCAAUAUGCCAAACCUGCUGCUGCUGCCAACAACACGUACCCACAGUCUGGUUAUCGACGAACCAAUGCUCCAGCGCCAGCUUCAAUUCCUGCUGCACAAGGUAAUCGCGGACCCUACGGGCGUUCGCCUCCGAACGUGCAACGUGGUCAUGGGGCUUAUGAUGGCCAUCAAGAUGCCUACGACAGUGAGGGGAGCUUAACGGGCAGUGAGGACUUCGAGGACGAGCAUAUGGGACGGCAACCUCUUCCACCACAGAGGAGAGGGAGCAAAGCUGAAAGAUUUUUUGGCAUUGGAGCUGGGAGAGCGAGCAUGGAUCAAGGACGACCUGGUGAGGGCGAACUCGGCAGAAGUGAGAGUAAGGGGAAGGCUGGAUGGAAGAUUUGGAAGUAGACCAAGUGCACAGCGUUGGAGAGUGGUUCUUUUUGACUUCCUUUACAGGUGCAGUCCAUCAUUGGAUAUGGCGCAUCGUGUUCAUACUAGCGAGUCGAGCUUUUCCAGCGCAGGACGCCCACCAAGCACAACGCAUUACGGGUCUGAACUCAG